AAUUUUCGAGCUGUUCGGACGUCAAAGCGGAAGAAAAUUCGCGGGCUUUUCACUUUUGUUCGUUGCAAACUGUUCAAACUUUGCCGACGACGCAGUAUUUAUUGUCUUUCAAGAGCAAACGAUACUGCUGAAGUGCCCCCCAACGCAGAAAGUGUUAAGCACAGAAAACCACAACUGCAACGCUAAGUCAGCAAAAAGUCUUCCAGCGUGACCAUGGCAUUAAAGGUCCAAAUGUGUUAAAAUUGUGAAUAUUUAUGAGUGUAGAAUUAGCACAAUAUAUAAUCGCAGAGGAAACAAAAUAACCAAGCGAGAUGGCGAUGCUUCCGCCGUGGAUUCUGCUGCCCCUGCUCCUGAUUUUGCUGAUCUCGUGGAGCGAUGCUGUGCCUUUGCAGCAGUUCUCUCCGGAUCCCGAUGACAGCAUCGAGAACUGCGGCGGCGAGAAUGGAGCUCCCCUGAUGACGCCCUGCAAGAGCGCCAUAAUCCUGGAUGCCCAGACGAGCACCACGCUAAAGUGCGAGGGCGACGAGCCGAUGAGCUGGUGGACCAGUCAAUCGCAGUAUGUGCAUGUCAAGUCCUUCAAUAAUACGGAGGAUCCGGCUCGACCAUUCGGCACCAGCGUGGAUCUCAUCGAGGUGACGGCUGACUAUGUGGCAGCCUACUAUUGCGUGAAGAAUUCGAAGUUCAGUCAGAUCGCCAAGGAGGAGCAGUCGGAUGAGGUGAUGAUCGAACUGGUUAAUCAGGGAUACGCCAGCUCCAUCUACGUGUACGUGAACGAUCCGGACACUAAGCUGGUCGAUAGUCACAAUGUGGUGACGGCACGCCAGUACACCGACGUAGUGAUACCCUGCAAACCAGCCAUGCCGGACACAGAGGUGCUGCUGGAGACCAGUAAUGGAGAAAUGCAUUCCAGCAAAUCUGUCGGUCGAUACGAUCCGCAACGGGGAUUCACCAUCGAAAUCCGCAGCAUCGUGGAUGGCGGAGACUACUACUGCCGCCCCAAUCCGCCAUUCCCGCAUAACGAAGAGGAGAUGACCAGCAUAGAAGUGCGCUUUAUUGGUAACGGUCACAUUGAUACAACCGGAUUGGAAAUCCCCCGUACCCAACCGACUAACAUGGUGUACAUGUAUGCACCAGGUGUCACCGAUGGCGAUGACGAGGUCCUCACUGUUACUAACCAAUCGACGGGUAAUGUGGCACUAAUCCGUGGUGGUGAUGGAACUUUAUCCAGGGAGCGGGCACGGCGAAGUCCAGCCCGCCUGGCUCCGAUGAAUGCGUCGCCCUCACCCAGACCAGGGCAAGACGGCAAACCGCUGCCAAAGCCCGUGAUCAGGUCCUCCGUGGAGCAUCACGUCUUCACGGACACCAACUUCACCCUGGAUUGCGAGCAGUCCGCCUACUUUGAAUCCGUAUACGGAAUGGAAUGGUUCACUCCGUCCCGGGAUGAGAAUCGCAUCUUUGCCUCCCAAUCGAGAACCGAUCCCAAGACCAGGAACAGCACCCACCAGACGGGCAGGAGCACCUUGACAGUGCUGAAUGCACAACCCUCGGACACUGGUCUAUACAAGUGUGUGACCACAGACAAUUCCAACCAGAACGUACAACGGGCCACCUACAGGAUCAAGGUCCUAAAGCAAAACGAACGUUACCUGAACGUGGACGAACCAUCGGGUCAUUACAACGUGCAGGAAUAUGCGAAUCGCACGAUCCAGAUGACCGCCAACUUUGAGGGAUUUCCGACGCCCUCCUUCAGCUGGUUCAAGCCCGAUGGCACCGAGGUGCGGCAGUCGGAGAAUAACUUCAAGAUUCUCUCCACGGAAUUGAGCACAAUGCUCCAGGUGCUGAACGCCCAAUUGCAGGACAGCGGAACGUAUGUCCUCCGUGGAUCCAAUUCCUUCGGCAUCGUUCAGCGGGAGUACAAUGUCAGUGUGAUGGACGCUCCGGCGCUAAAGAUGUCCGACGCAUAUGUCCAGGUGGGAUCCGUGGCGCGACUGGAGUGCACCGUACGCUCCUAUCCGCCGGCUAUCGUCACCUUCUUUUUCCACCCCUGCAGCCUGGAACCACGGUGGCCCACUUGCUUCGUGCAAAAUCAGAACUUUAGCUUGCCGAGUGAACAGGAGAAAUACCAGUUCCAGACCCGACCGAGACCCGGAAAGCUGAGUGUGGAACGCAUAUACGAGGUAUCGUUCCUGCCCACGGAACCGGGAAUCCUCACGUGCAUUGCCCAAAAUAUCAUUGAUGGAAAGGAGCGAAGGUCCCUGACGAAGGCGCACGUUAUGCUGGGCAACAUUUCCGAGAACAUGACCAUAUAUAACUUCGAUAAGGAUCACAAAAUCGCCAAGGAGGACAAUGUGAACUUCACCUGUGAGGCGCUGGCCUAUCACUUCGAUGGAAACCUUAAAUGGUUCAUCAAUGGAGAGGAUUUGAAGGAGUCAGAUUUGGUUCGCAUUGAGACCAGCCAUACCAAGUACUCGUACAAGAGCACUGUACACAUCUCCACGAUAUCCGACAGGGAUCGUGGAACCUACGAGUGCCGGGCCUACCACAACGACAACGACGCCGUUUACAGCAGCCGUGAGAUAGACUUGUACGUCCACGAUCCCUCAGCUCCUCAGUGGACAAACGCCGACCAGGCGGGACACUCGAAAAUAAAGCGCAAACUUAGCCAAACGCUGGAGCUGGAGUGUGCCUCCACAGCGGUUCCCGUGGCCGUUGUGCGAUGGUUUAAGGACGACAAGGAGGUGACCGAAACAAAACUCAGGCACAUCAUUGAAAAGGAGUCCAAGCUGCUGAUCACUCACCUCUAUCCCGGAGAUGAAGGCGUCUACAAGUGUGUGGUCGAGAACCGCUUGGACAGAAUCGAACGCUCCUUCACGGUGGUGAUAUCAGAUCUGCCCGGCAUUAGCAUGGCCUGGGUGUGGUUCGGUGUUAUACUAUUCCUCAUCCUGAUCGGUCUGUGCCUCUUCCUGGCCGUGCGCUACCAGAAGGAGCACAAGCGGCAUCUGGCCCUUAAGGCAGCCGGAUUGGCCAACUUCGAGGAGGGCGCCGUGGGACACAUUAAUCCCGAUCUGACCCUGGACGAGCAGGCGGAACUGCUGCCGUACAAUCGGGAAUUCGAGUUCCCGCGGGAUAACCUGAAGCUGGGCAAGCAACUGGGAGCCGGAGCAUUUGGCGUGGUGCUCAAGGGCGAGGCCAAGGGCAUCCGGCGAGAGGAGCCCACCACAACGGUGGCCGUCAAAAUGGUCAAGGCGACGGCUGACAACGAGGUGGUGAGGGCACUGGUCUCCGAGCUCAAAAUCAUGGUGCAUCUGGGACAGCACUUGAAUGUGGUCAAUCUCCUGGGUGCAGUUACAAAAAAUAUUGCCAAGCGCGAACUCAUGGUCAUUGUGGAAUACUGUCGCUUUGGCAACAUUCAGAACUUCCUUCUGAGGAACAGGAAGUGCUUUAUCAAUCAAAUCAAUCCAGAUACCGAUCACAUUGACCCCAGCAUCAUGACCCAGCGCAUGUCCGACAACUACGAACUGAACCGCGAUACGAAUGGUGGUGGCUUGAAGUACGCCAAUGUCGGUUUCCCGAUCCACUCUUACAUUAAUGAGCCGCACAACAAUAACACGCAACCGCCAACUCAUCGCAGAAACUCGGACAAUGAUCCCCGAUCGGGCACCCGAGCCGGACGAACCGGAUCCGGAUCAGCCACCUACAGCUACGACCGUCAGAUGGAUACCUGUGCCACCGUUAUGACCACCGUCCCAGAAGACGAUCAAAUAAUGUCCAAUAACUCCGUACAACCCGCCUGGCGUUCCAAUUACAAAACCGACUCCACGGAGGCGAUGACAGUGACCACUGUGGACUUGAUCAGUUGGGCAUUCCAAGUGGCAAGGGGCAUGGAUUACUUGUCCUCCAAGAAGGUGUUGCACGGCGAUCUGGCCGCCAGAAAUAUUCUCCUCUGCGAGGACAAUGUGGUAAAGAUUUGUGACUUUGGUCUGGCGCGAUCCAUGUAUCGAGGGGAUAACUACAAGAAGUCAGAGAGUGGAAAGCUGCCCAUCAAGUGGCUGGCGCUGGAAUCGCUGAGCGAUCAUGUGUUCAGCACAUACAGCGAUGUCUGGUCCUACGGAAUUGUUCUAUGGGAGAUGUUCUCGCUGGCCAAGGUGCCGUAUCCGGGCAUCGAUCCCAACCAGGAGCUUUUUAACAAACUGAACGACGGCUACCGCAUGGAGAAGCCGAAAUUUGCCAACCAGGAGCUCUACGAGAUUAUGCUAGAGUGCUGGCGAAAGAAUCCCGAAAGCAGACCUUUGUUUGCUGAGCUGGAGAAGCGAUUUGCAAACAUGCUGGGCGAGGAUGUAGCCAGCCACUACUUGGACCUGAACAAUCCGUACAUGCAGAGCAACAUUGAGUACAUGAAGAAGCAGUCCACGGAUUACCUGGCACUGAUGGGCUCGCCCGACGAGAUGGCGCCUGCAGCUCCGCGCUACGUGAACGGGCACAUAGUUCCCGAUAUACGCAUCGAGGAGCUGCCGGAUGACUACAUGGAGAUGAGCCGGGACUCUGAUCCCGAUGCCAGCACCGCAAUAUUCUCACCCAAACGCCUCGAGGGCGAGACCUCACACUUUCCGGAUUUCUCUAGCGAAACCACUUUCAAUUUCCCAGGGGCGCGACAGUCGCCUACGCUGAGUAACAAUCUCAACAGCGGAUCGAGUAAGCCGCUCCGCAAGAAGAACGGCAUGCCAACUGUGGAUGUGGCGGAUCAGGCGCCGGAGGAGAUACCUAUGCUGCACCGCCGCUCCACCGGAUCGGAUGGGAGUCCGGAGCAGGGAAGGCGCUUCAAUCAGGCCAUCAUGCAGCAGUAUGCCACGCCCACACCGUCCCCUCGCCAUCAUGUGGAAACCAAACUCAAUGGGCAGUCCUCCGAAAACUAUGUGAAUAUGAAGCCACCCAGGAAGAAUAUACCAGGCAAAACCACAACAGGUGGCGGGGGCGCUGGUGCUGGAGCCUCCACGGAGGCCUUCUCGAAUCCCAGCUAUCAGCCACUGUCCACCGUCAACGAGAAGGAGCAACGAAGGUAUUAGGACGUCCCGGAGCCAUUAGCUUAAGUUUAGGACCUCUUUGCAGCUCAGUUGGAGUUUUAAGUGAAAUUUUAAAUAUAACCAACUUAUGUAAUGACUAUUGUUGAUCUUAGGAAAACAAAUUGUUAACAGAAAGUAAUCGUACGCGAUAGAACCUUUUAAAAAAUGUUAAAAUUUCAACUUAAUUGUUUAGGGGCCUUUAAGAAACAAUACUAAUUAGUGGCAUUGUCAAGAUUCUGAUAUAGCUUUAGGACCACACACUCACUCCAUGUUAUAUACUAUUAAUGCCAUUUCAUGUUUUACAUUUAGUGUAGCCUAAGUUUAUUAAACUUAUAUAUGUAAAUGAUUGUCUUAAAAUUUGUAUGCAUACGACGACUACUCAAAUACAAUGGGUAUGAUAACAAUAUCAAUUGGCUUUUAUUCAACUCCCUUUAUUCUAUUAUAACUUGAGUUCCGAGGUUCUUUUCGUCUAAUCUAAAUAGAGCAUACACAAAUACACGCUUAAUAAAUUUUA